AUGGCACCGUCAACUCUAUUCCAGUACCUGGGCUUCGGCGCACGCAAAGACGAGCCAAGUGAGGCACCAGGACAAGCUACGACCUGCCAGAGCAUCGUCCGGGUCGGAGCCACCGGUUUUCUUCUGGGACCCAAGUCGCAAGCCACAAUUCCCAUUAUCGACGGACCCGAACGUUAUGUCCCCGCAACCGUCGUCCACAAGCAAGAGGGCAAGUUCGGCGACGAAGAGUUGGAAGAGGUGGUAGACGACUUCGAAAGGAGGGACGAUGUCUGGAAUACGGAUUUCCUUGAAGUCAUCGUGCUUGCGGCACCGAGCUCGGUCAAGUCAAAUAACGAGUUUAAGCGCGGUAGCAAAGUGAUCCGCCCAAAUCAUUCCCUAGAAGUCGACGAUGUACCAAGCGGGCCUUAUAUACUGCACUCGAGCUCUGGCUCCAUAUACAAAGUCUUCAAAUUGUUCCCAGACGAGAGCCAGGCAUUUGUGGGGGCUAUUGCACCGAGCGCUAGGCCCGGAGAUGCCUUUUCUUGGCUUGACAGCAUCAAUCACGUGGCGGUGCCAUCGAGGCUUUAUCACCCUGGACCUACCAAGGAAAGGCCGCUCGAGGGUACGCGUUUCGCUGUCAAAGAUGUCAUUGAUGUUCGCGGUCUACAUACCUCUUGCGGCAGCGCGUCCUGGCGAAGCACGUAUCCACCAGUCCAACAAAGUGCUCCGUUCGUAGAUCAGCUACUAGCUGCCGGUGCAAGCUUGGUUGGUAAGCUACGCUGCUGCCAAUUCGGUGACAAUCAGUCUCCUUCUGAGAGAUUUGAAGAAGUCUCGCCUACGAACCCCCGCGGCGAUCGGUUCCAGAUUCCUGGCAGCACCAGCUCCGGUUCAGCUGCAGCUAUCGCCAGUUACUCGUGGCUGGACUUCACCAUUGGCACAGAGAACAGUGAUUCUCGUCAGCAUGCUGCAGGUCUCAACGGAGUGUACGCGCUGCGCCCUUCCAAGGACUCAGUCAAAAGUAAAGGAGUCUUUACAUCACCCCUCCUGGAAAGCACGAACAUAUUCUCCAGAUCCGCCUCGUUGGCUGAGGAUGUCGCCAACUGUGUCACAGGCAAACUGAAUACGGCUGGCAAAGGAAAGCUAGGCAACUUCCAGUUCAAGCUGCUGUAUGCCGUCGAAUCUCGGGGGUGGUCUGCUAUCGACUCGGAUCCGGACUUCUUCUUGCAAGAUAUAUCCGCUAAUGAUCGGUUGGGAGACGCAUCGGCUCUAUUCGAUACCUUCAUCAAGAAGCUCGAGAAACAGCUUGACUGUAAGAGGCAGACGCUCUGCCUGUCCGACUUUUGGCGAGACACGAGAGCUGCAAAUACGCCCCAAGCCCUGACUGCGUCGGCGGUUAACGCAUCGCGAGCAAUCAUCUACCGGGAUCUUUCUCGCAAUAUCGUGGAACCCUUCAUAAACGAGUACCGGGCCGCGCAUGCCAACCGGAUGCCCUUUAUCGAGCCUGUUACGAAAGAGCGACUUCGCUUCGGUGCGUGCGUCUCAGAUGAUGAAUACAGCACUGCAAAAGACCAUCUCGAGGUAUACGCUGAAUGGGUCAACACCGUGCUGUUGCCAAGUCCAGCCGAUCCCGUUGAUGCAGGUCCGGCCGAUGGAAAAGCAGCAGCUGGGAAGCAGGGGCCCGAGAUUCCGAUCCUCGUAUGCCCUCAACACUGGGGCACGCGAUUGUAUCGAGAUGCAUCAAGGUCAACCCUUGCUCGGAGUGGUCUUUCUGCAUCAUCAAUAGCUGCUUCCGCAGGUGUGCCUCAUCUCAUACUGCCCGUGGGUGAGAUCAAAUACACUUCCAAGAUCACAGAGGCGGAUGCACGCCUGCCCGUAUCGAUGUCACUUCUGGCGCCCAGUGGGUUAGAUGGCAUCUUGACUGAGAUAAUUGCGAACUUGGAACGGGCAGGUGAGAUAGAGGUUGUUAAGCCGGGGCCUUCUGUUUUCUGA